CUGACGUGACAGAGUCGCUGUCCUGACAGGCUCUAGAGUGAGUCAAGCUGGUUUGAGAAACAGACUACAAAACUUCUCUUGUGAAAACAGAAAACACUUCAGAUUGUAUUUUGAAAUGGACAAAGAUGUAUCGACGUGAUCCGGACGUGCGUCUUCUGUAAAACCCAAGCUGGCGGACGGAGAGCCGGAGCGGUCAGGGCAAUCAUUGCAACACUAUGAUGGAGAGAAGUCAACGAUAACAAGAAAGGGCAUGCCAAUAUGGAGCCUGCCCAGAUCAAUGUAUUUGGAGUUGGCGCGGAGAAUCGGGAUUUAGGAUUGGACAUCCAUCAGCAAGGGGAAGGAAUGGUGGUGCUGCAGGAGAUUCAGCUCAAUGAACAGGAGAAACCACAGCGUUUGCUGCAGGAAGAUGAGCCAACAGUAAUUCUCAAUAUGGCCAAAGUACCAUACAGGACAGGUGGGAAACUGCCUGAGGUGGAGCCAGACAUUUUCACCCAUGAAGAAAUUGCCCAAGAAAAGCCAUGGCAGAUCUACACCCUAGAGGGAACACGGCCCCAUGUGGUUUCCCUUAAGGUAGAGGCAGAACACUCUCCUGAGAAAGAACUUGAGAUUUGUCCGGAUGAGGCAGUGCAAGUAGAGUUGGCAGACACUGAGGAGGAAGUGAUAACAGAGGUUUGCCCCAAUAGCACCGUGUGGCAUGUGAAUUCCCUUAAUGGAGAAGAACAUAGUGAAUGCCCAGUCGUGGAGGAUGGCUCUGAAGCUAACACUAGUGCCUGUGGCACCACAGGGUCUGAGAGCCCAGCUCCAUCAAGCAGCUAUACAGACCUAUCACAGACAUCCUCUCCUUCGCUUUCUGAUCAACUCCGGCUCGGUCGUGAAGAAACCUCUGGGGCAGGACUAAAUGUUGAGUGCCGAAUAUGUGGAGACAAGGCCUCUGGGUUUCAUUAUGGAGUACAUGCCUGUGAAGGCUGCAAGGGAUUUUUUCGGAGGACAAUCCGAAUGAAACUUGAGUAUGAGAAAUGCGAACGAAACUGCAAGAUUCAGAAAAAGAGCCGAAACAAAUGCCAGUACUGUCGCUUUCAAAAGUGCCUUGCUUUAGGCAUGUCUCAUGAUGCAAUCCGAUAUGGCAGGAUGCCUGAAGCAGAGAAGCGGAAACUGGUAGCUGGGCUUCAAGCUGGAGAAGUGGAUAUCCAAAACCACGUUGGGAGCACAGAUUUCAAGUUGUUGGCCAAACAUGUCUACAAUGCUUACUUGAAGAGCCUCAAUAUGACAAAGAAGAAAGCACGCAGUAUUUUAACAGGCAAAAACAGCUCAAACCCGCCCUUCGUCAUCCAUGACAUGGACACUUUGUGGCAGGCAGAGAAUGGCAUUGUGUGGAAUCAACUAACACAUGGUGCACCGCCAAACAAAGAAAUUGGGGUUCAUGUGUUCUAUCGAUGCCAGUGCACCACUGUGGAGACUGUACGGGAACUCACAGAGUUUGCCAAAAAUAUCCCUGGCUUUGUAGAGCUCUACCUUAAUGACCAAGUCACACUUCUGAAAUAUGGAGUUCAUGAGGCCAUCUUUGCCAUGCUGCCCUCAUUUAUGAACAAGGAUGGUCUGCUUGUAGCCAAUGGAAAAGGCUUUGUGACACGAGAGUUCUUGCGCAGCUUACGUUGCCCUUUCAAUGAAAUUAUGGAGCCUAAAUUUGAAUUUGCUGUGAAGUUUAAUGCGUUGGAACUUGAUGACAGUGACCUCUCUCUUUUUGUAGCUGCCAUCAUUCUCUGUGGAGACCGGCCUGGACUCAUGAGUGUGAAGCAAGUGGAAGAAAUCCAAGACAAUAUUCUACAAGUGUUGAACCUUCACCUACUGGCCAACCAUCCCGACUCCCAGUAUCUUUUUCCAAAGCUUCUACAGAAAAUGGCAGAUCUGCGGCAGCUAGUGACUGAAAAUGCCCAGCUGGUACAGAAGAUUAAAAAAACCGAGUCAGAGACCUCACUGCACCCGCUUCUACAGGAAAUAUAUAAAGAUAUGUACUAAAUAUAAAAUACAGAUUUACACCGACUAUUAAGUAAAUCUGCUGGGAUUUAUUUUCUAAAGUAUGGUUCAUCUCUUUUUUCCCACAAGUUCUGCCUCCAGCAGGAAUCUCUCUUUGACACUUGGGUUUUGUUUUAUUUUCACCCUAAAAAAUUAACUCUUGACGUUGCCAGAAAAUUUGACAUUAACAGUGAAAUUUGAAGACGGCAUGCCCAAACUCAUUUUUAAUACAUUAUUGCUACUUUUAUUAUUGAAGAACAUUUCAACGGGUAAGCCAUUAAGCAAAUUCUGAAAGGAUAUUAGCUCAAGUUUUACUAAGUGAACAAACAUUUCCAAAAAAUGUCAUUCUGUGGGAGGACAUCCAUCCAUCCAUUUUCCAACCCGCUGAAUCCGAACAA